AUCGCUCCCCCCCUCCCCCCCUCUGUGCCCACUUCACGCCGCUCUCUCACCCCGCUACGUUCCCGCGCUCGUCGCCCGGCCCCGGGGUGGCGGGGGCAGUGGAUCACCAACACCGCGGAGCGAGCCUCGCACCGGCCGCCACCGGCCAAGCGGGCAGCUUCGCCCUCACGUUGGGACCCAAUGAGCCAAAGGAGGCUGAGGGUUCAGGAGUGAGGGGCGUCCUGUCUGCCUCAUCCAGCAAGCUGGCCCUCCCUGCUGGGCCGACUGAGGCAUCGCACCUCUACCAGCCCAGCAUCGCGACGAACGGCCCUUCCCUUGCGGCCAGCCCUGGGUGGCCCUCGGGCCGACCAGCAGCUACAGCCACGUACACAGUCACGACCUCAACCACAUUGACAGCCACAGCCACGUUGGCAAGGGCCGGCCUGGGCUGCGGCGGAGAGCCGCUCAAGCCUGGGCCUGCAGCUCCACCUUACGCCACGACCACGCAAACAUGGACAGCGAACGGCCCUGUUACUUCGCUCUGUUCGGGUCCAGUCUUCACAGACACUCGGACAGCACCGUUUCCUAAUCUGGCAACGUCCACCGCCGGCACCGCGCCGCCGUUUGCCGCCGGGCGGCCGGCGUCCCUUGCCGUGUCCGAGCUGCUGCCGAGCUACCCGGCUCGUCAGGGCCCCCGCGAUUCCGCGCCGGGUCUUCCCGUGCCGCCGAGCGGUUCGUACCCCGGCGCGGCCUCCGGGUUUCCCUUGUCCCUGCCGCUGGGCUCGUCCAGUCCGGCCGCGACGCAGGCGUCCGCUCGCCCGCUUCCUGCAUUUGCGUACCCGCCGGGCGGGCCUGAGGUCUACUACUCGAGCGACACGCCGAGUCCCUGGAACGAAGCCGGCGCCAGCAUCUACCGGGACGCCAGCACCAUCACAGACGUAUGCAGCAGUGCCGAGCUGCCGGAGGUGGAGAUCAUCAGCCUCCUGGAAGAGCGGCUGCCCCACUACACGCUGCGUGCCAACGCCGUCUAUGGCUACGAGCACCGAGACUGGCUCCACUCGCCCGUCCUCUCGCCGGAUGACGGCGAUGGUGACGGCGCCUACGCAAGCCCCGAUCUCUCCCCGGAGCAAGCGGAGGAGACGCUGCGCUACAUGAUGCAGUGCUCGGAGCGUGUGGGCCAGAUGACGCGCACGUACAGUGACAUCGAUGCGGUCACGCACCUGCUGGAGGAGAAAGAGCGGGACCUGGAGUUGGCCGCUCGGAUCGGUCAGACGCUGCUGGAGAAGAACAAGAGUCUGUCUGAGCGUGUGGAGCACCUCGAGGACGAGUUGGAGCACACCCUGGAGCAGGUGAACCAGCUGCGGCACGACCUGUCGAUGAAGGAUGAACUGCUGCACAUCUACACGCACACGGUGGAGGACUGCGAGAGCGACUCCAGUGGCUCCACUCCGCUUGAACGCAGUGGAGGGAGUCUCGUGGGUGGACACAUCCCGGCACAGCUCGAUGCGGUGCACAAGCGACUUAAGGAACUGGAAGACGAGAAUUUGCGUCUUCGCUCAAAGGCGUGUCACAUCAAGACGGAGACCAUCAGCUAUGAGGAGAAGGAGCAGCAGCUGGUCAAUGACUGUGUAAAAGGGCUCCGGGACGCGCACCUGCAGAUCGGACACCUGACCGACGAGCUCGGACGGAGGAACGAGGACAGUGCCCGCCAGCAGGAGGAGAUCACCCACCUCUUGUCGCAGAUCGUGGACCUGCAGCGCAGGGCUAAAGCUUAUCAGCUGGAGAAUGAGGAGCUCGUUCAACAUCUGAGCGCAGCCAAAGAGGCACAGCAUGAGCUCACGGCAGAGCUGCGGGAACUGGAGGAGCGCUACGCCGAGUGCGUGGACAUGCUGCACGAGGCGCAGGAGGAGUCCAAGGGGCUGCGCAGCCAGACCGUGAUGAGCACGCCGCGCAGAUACAAUGGCAGCCUCCUCUAUCCCAUGGACUCGCUCGCGGCCGAGAUCGAAGGCAGCAUGCGCCGAGAGCUGCACGAGGAUGAGGGCUUCUCCGACCACCGUUCGCAGCACAAGCGCGUGUUCGACACUGUGAAGGUCGCCAACGAGCUGGUCAAGCGGCGCUGCGUAGGUGGUUCUUCACGGCCGCUGCCAGGAUCUGGCCAGGCCCCUGCCGGGGAGACCGGCUCUCCGGCCACCUGGGCCAACGGUGACACGCCGGACGGCAGCCAGCGGCUGGGAGACCGCGGUAGCCCCAGCUGCCGGGACCUUCAAGCAGCGCUGCACCGGCUCAUGCUGCGAAGGGAAAACGUACAGUGCGAGCGGCGCUACUUCGAGGAGGAGCGCGAGCGGCGGCGGUCGCGCGAGCACGGCGCCGAUGGCGUCGAUGGCGCCUACGGCGUCCUACCCAGCGGCCUGCUCACCCCGGCGGACAGCAUCAUGUCCAUCGGCACCUGCCUCUCCUUCCGCUCGUUCCUGCCCGACAAGCUGCAGAUCGUCAAGCCCAUGGAAGGCUCCGUGACGCUGCUCCAGUGGCAGCAGCUGGCGCAGCCGCACCUGGGGGGGAUCCUGGAUACUCGCCCCGGCGUGCUCACCAAAGACGACCGCCCACUCGAGGACGCGGACGAGGAGGCCACGUACCGCCUGGGCGACCUGGAGGAGGACGACCUGCCGGCGGACGACGGCGUGGAGGGUCUGUCGUUCUGCUCCCGCCUCCCAUCCUCGUCGCCCGCCCACCUCGCGGGGCGUGCCACCCGCACCGAUAAUUACGAUUCAGCAAUUCACCCGGCACCUGCACACGAGGCUGAUUCCAUCACUCCCAUCUCCACCGUGGACAUCCUCGCAGACACCAUCCCUCCUUUUGGCUGCCCCUCCACCUGUGGCCCAGGCGCGGAGGAGGGUGGCGGUGGUGCGACGGGCCCCCCCCAAGCGAGCCGGCAGGGCCCCGUGGGCGGUGCAGCUGGUCCUCAGGGCCCCGCCGGGGCCUUGGAUCAAAUGGUCGCCAGCCGACCCUUCACGCUGCCAGUGAACUACCCUGGCAAGUGCCUGUCCCAAACCAGCUCUACGUACACCUUCACCACCUGCCGAAUCCUGCACCCCACCGACGAGCUCACUGCCCUCACGCCCAGCGGCAUGUACGCGCCGACCCCGAUCUGCAGCAUCGGCCCCGGCGCUGCCAAAUCGACGUCGGAGUCGCAGGCCGGCACGCCCUGCGGCCCUCCACGCCCCAGCCUCUUCCAAUCGUCCACCAACCAGAGGGACUCCACCAAGACGCUCAGCUCCAGCCUGGGCCUGGCCAACCUGCUGAAAGAGCGCGGCAUCUCCGCCGCCGUCUACGUGCCGCGGGCCGGCCGUCCGCGGGCCGGCCCGCCCUCCGGCGGCCAAGAGCCGUCGGCGGAGAUGGCCGUGCCGUGCACGCCGCCCAACUCGCCUCGCGCCCUAUCGCCGUGCCCGUCGCCGCCCGCCUUCCCGCCGGCGCGCCCCUCGGGCCUGCAGUGCGAGAGCUUCCUGGCGUCCAAGCCGGCCAAGUCUCUGCUGCUGCUGCAGGGCGCGGCGGGGGCCGGCGGGGCACGGGCACGCAGCAGCAGCGGCAGCCAGACGGAGCUGUGCAUGGGUGGCGGUUUGGUGGAGAGACUCAAGCGGCUGGGCCUCGCCAAGACGCGGAGUGAUGGCAGGAUGGUGCCGGCACCCAUGCCCGCGCCCAUGCCGCCAUGCUCCUCCGUGGUGCUUAACGGCGGCCUUGCCGACGAAGCGGUCGCCCCCGCCGGAUUGGCCGUGGCGGUGGCGGUGGCGGGCCACGGGGACACCGGUGUAGGGCAGCCGUUGAGGCCUGGGAGCAUGCGGAGGAACCACAGCUUCCCCACGAUAGCGGGCGGCCUCCGGAGAAACCAGAGCAUGCCGGUUAUGAAUGGCGGCGUGCCGGCGGGUACCAACCCGUUCCAAUGCAGCGUGCUGGACGAGACAGGUCUGAGCAAUGCGUUCCUGCCGGAGUGAUCCGAUCUGCAAAGUCGCUCUACGUGAAGAGGUGGCCCGAAAUUGCUCUCGGAUGGUUUUGGUUGCCACCCCAUAACUGUCGCCGGUCCACGCCGUGGCUGCAUUCACUGUUUGCCGCCACUCUUAAACGUCAAUGUCAUUGACUGACAUGUAGUGCAAUGACUGUUCAGUAUGAUGCCGCGAAGAAAAAUAUAAAUAGUUAUCAACACUAAUUGUUCAUUUUAGCCAUUGUUUCCGUUUUUGUACUCUGUAAUGUUUGUUGCAUGGGAGGAAUUUGUGAAUUUACCGCACGUGUGAUGUUGAAUUUCAGGCCACAAUCGGAGACCAUUACUUAACAAAAAUGCUAAUUUUGAUGCGGCGGCUUUGAGGCGAACAACUAGUUUUGUGAUGGGCACUCAUGUUGUAGCGCAGCGAUCGGUGAGGUGCACAGUGGCUAUUAAAGGCUGCUGGACAGAGGUGUCGAAUAGCAGCAAGCCUUUGUUACCUAUCCACGUUCAAAUGAGACCCAUAUGGGAACACAUUUACUUUAUAUCACAGGUGUCUGGGGUAAUUUGCCCACCAUUGAAUUUGCUCCCGUUAAUAUCACCUGGUAACACUGAUCUACGAAAAACCGGUUACCUCCUGCGAAAGUGAACUCCGUUACUCACGAUGAGCCACAGCAGAAGCUCGGAGGGAAUACAAGUGCACACGCUUUCUCCGAUUUGUAUUUUUACGUUUUUUUAAAGUCUUUCCUACUUGGCAAUAAAAACACCGGCAUUGACUCAAGUAAAUCGUCAAACAUUUCCGGGGUAUUUCCCCGAGCGGAGAGAGAGAACGCGGGUUCCGUUCAUAAUUUCUACGUUUUGUAUUUUUCAGGACAGCCCUGCCGCUGAUUUGCAUAGCGACGGACGACACAAAGGCGUCCUCUUGCAAAUUAAUACGUGGGCGAUCUGUUUUGCGUUGUACAAACCAUGGCAAUUAACAUUGCACACUGAGCUAAUUGUUGUUAAUGUUGUCAUAAGGACCCCGGACGUUGAUGCAACUGGGUCAUAGACUCACACGUGAGCACACUCGACCAAUAGUCUACCUACUGACCGCUUCAUCCAACCCCACUGCUUCCAUACAAAAGGAGCUAACUCUUAUUUGAACACAUAAUAAAUAAAUAAAUUUAAAAACUUUGCUGUAUCCAAAAUUGCAAGCGUCUCCCAUUUCCCUUGAAAUUUGUUUUAUUUUACAGGGGGAUACAUAUUUAUGUAAAUGUUAAUUUCGGUUCCUGAGUGUAUAUAUAAGUUGUGAAAUGUAAAUAAGCGUUACUUGUGAAUGUGUAAUAUUCACUGGAUCGUGGAGGUGAAUUCUGCAUGCCGUUUAGUAUGGUCAAGUGGCCUGGCAGUGAAACUGUUUUGCAGCCGUGCUAACAGAAACAAAAGUCUGCAUUAGCAUUAGAGGUCAUAAGGUUACCAACGUUGUUACUUAGCGGUUGGAAGACAUUAUAGAGAAAUGGCACUCCAAUGGAACAUUAAAUCAAUGAAGGAAUUGCUUCUUUUUAAAUGAGAUGCUGACAUUUCGAUAGAGCCGAGUGACAAUAUCUCUCUCUCUCUCGAGAGAGACAUAUUUCAAUUGUGGGUGUAAUUUCUUCAUUUGGUUCUUUCGGUAAAGUCACGUAGGUAUAAAAUAAAAUAAAUCACGUUUGUGUUGCGCCCAAAACGUCGUGAUUUAUUUUAUACCUACGUGACUUUACCGAAAGAACCAAAGAGUGGAUUCCUGCAGUCACGAAAGCUUCACAUCAAGAUUUCUUCAUUUGUUUUGGUACAUUUCACAGAAGCGACAAAGCCACUUAACAGUGAUUUUUUUAGGUAAGCUUUAACGAUUGUGUAAUCAUCCAACCUGGUCAGACUACUCUCCCACCUGUGCUUCCCGUGCUCGUAAAAUAUGCGCGGUUACAGACGUGCUUCUCAAAGGAGGAGCCUACGAAUGAAUCGAGUGGAAUACGUGAGCAAUGUGCGUGUGUUUGUGCUCUGUGCGCGGUCUGAGCACAGCCACGAAAAGGGAAUCUUAAUUGUGGAGGAAUAAAUAUUGCAUUCUACUAGACGAUGUUUUUCUCGAUUGAUGUUACGGCAGUGGCUUUUCGCGUCGUUGGCAUGGGCCCUUGUGCAAGGAAUUAAAUGAGACCUAUCCAAUUUCCCCCUCUUCAUAGCCAUCUGGCCCAUGGACCCCGGUGCAGUUGCACAGCCGCCUGCACGCUCGAUUGCCAAGCCACCGCAUAGUGGCAGGGUGACGCAGUCGUAACACUUUGCUUCUCGCAGAAAGAAAUACCCGAGUUCGAUUUUCUGACUCGGGCAUCUGUCUGUGUGGAGUUUGUAAGUUCUCUCCCCGGUUUGCAUGGGUCUUCUCCGAGUUCUCCGAUUUCUCCCGAAGUCAAAACAAACUCGCAAUGGAACAAGCAGUGGCCAAAUAACAAUCCCAAUGCUGAAAAAUUUGGACCAUAAAAUUACUCGGUGGGAAUUGUACAUAGGAAGAUUGCCCCCCCCCCCCAUCCUGUGAACCUCGCAAAGAGCCUCCUCAAGAGACUAAAGCUUUCCUGGGUAAGCAGUUGCAAUAAAUAAACAAAUCGAUAGAUUGGUUGAGUGACUAAUUUUGAAUGUCCAUAUAACUGCCUGUUCCCUUAAAAUGUCCAGCCGUCCGAAAGCAGGGUCCCCGUGGCUCCCAGCCUUUCCUGCUUUCACUUUCACCAAUCUCAUUCACGCCUGCCGACUCGCGUAUCAGUCGGUGACGCGAGGAGGGCACGGAUGCCUACGUUGUUUGUUAUCAUUGGUGAACACGGGAAUAUUUGACGCCGAGUUGGUUGCGGUGAACACUACGACCUAAAAUCUGAUGGAAGCAAUUCCCCCCCACCCCCAGAUGUGGGUUUGAGACCCAUGCGGCGUGUCUCAUUAGUCCGCUCGCUGCCCACUUAUGCGGUUUAACCAAUCCAGUCGUUGGUGUCGUGUGCGCCUGCUGCUCGUUGGGAUUCGAUCUUCGGAUUGACAAAUAGAUCCAUCCAUGUGGUGAUGGGGCAAUCAAUGGCAAAAAAAAAACAUCGGAAGUGAUUUUUUAAACUAUCCUACAUUUAUCCGACCAAUGAAGUACGCAUAGAAGUGCGUGUUUUGUGAACCAUAUGAGCACAUGAAAAUCCAUAUUGCUAUCUAGCUUGUCUGUGAUAUGGCUGGAAAAGCUAUGUUCUGUGUUAUCACGAUUGUCUUUUCGAUGCGGACAAUGUUGCUUUGUUGCAUGUUUAUGUAUAUAUGGGAAAGCUUUGCAAUACCUGUGACUUGAACUGUUGCAAUUAUUAUUGACUGGCAUCAUUAUCUCCACUGUCACUAUUAUCACCACCACCACCAUCGUUGUAGUUUGAUUUUAGAAUGUAAUAAUUCUUGCAAUUUCAGUCAGGCGACGGGGAGAGAGAAUGUCCCGUGACGUGAGACUGGUUUUAAGAGGCGGUCGCUGCUUCAUGCCAAUGCGUAAUAUUGUUUUUGCUUUGCUAAAAUAUGCAAUGUUAAUUCUGUUGGAAGAAUACGGGCAACGUUUAAAAGUGGCGAAUAUUGUCUCGUGUUGUAAGCGACAAAAACAAACAUGUAGAUUGUCACCUGCUGGGGCUGAAGCUGUUGAGUUGAUGCUUAAUAUGAGCUGUUGCGAAUUUUGUGAGAUUAUUUAUUCCAAACGGGUGCUUUCUCGGGCAGAGUUUAUUGUAAAUAUUUUACGUUGACAUCGAUGUCAUUGGACGACAGCACUGAAAGUUGAGUUUUGCUGUGUGCGUGUGUUCGUGUGCCUAUGUGUCCGUGCAUGUGCGUGCAUCACUAAUUGCUAUCGGCAGGGAUGUACAAAUCCGUGGAAGCUCGCAGCUAUUCAGAAUAAUUAUCUAUCACCUUGUAUUUUUUGGGAUUAUUGGAAGAAAUUGCCCAACCAAAAGUUUACCUGGCUUGACUGUCUUUGCCAAAAGCGCUUUGCAAUUGUCACCUGUACAGCAGAUGUUUCUACACAGACCAUCACGUGCUUCGUUAUGCGGUAUCAGUGAAUUUGCCAAUGGGUUUAUUUUCUCCGCCAUUCACCACCACCGUACAACCGUCCUGAUCGUUUAGACCCCACGUGGCUUCCACGGAUGUGUCUCGAGUCAAUCAAAGGCCACAAAGGACUGCUGCGCUCGCCACCCUCAUUUUGCCAGUCUUUUGGUUAUAAGUGUAUUUAUUAGAGGUUUUUUUUUCCAUCGUCAUGGAUGCAAGUGAGCGCAGCAUUUAAAUGGAACGUUAUUCGCGCUUUUUGACGGUGCAAAUUACAUCCGCUGGUGUGUGCUAAGUGAUACAUUUCUGAGACUCGGUGACAGUUGAUAGUUUUUGGGAAUGUUUUGGGGGAAAUUGGUCGUGGAUGUAUGUGUGUUGUUUGUAAAGGAAUGGAAGGGGGGGAAAGAAUUGACGUUACCAAGAGCCAUCUGGAAGUGUCCUUUAACACGUUUCUGUACCACGUGCUGUUAAAACGAUUUGUUCGGCAAUGCUUUCGGCUUACACACUCCAAUCACUGUUUCUUAUAAAAUUAGGUAAGCGGGCAAUGUGUUUCAUUUACACGUCUUGUCUCUCCACGUUAUCAGCAACAGUAUUGGACAAUCCGUCGGCCAAACGGCCUUCUGGGAAGUGCAUACGUUCAGCAGCAUUGACUAGGUUCAAGCAAAUCUCUGGACCGAUUCCAACGUUCAGUGUCUCAAAAGACACAAUGUCCUCAAGAGACACUGUGAAAACUGGUUCAAAUCAUAAUAAUAAUGCUACUGUUAUUCGCUAUGUGGAGAGAUGGAUAUUGGAGGGAGAGACAUUGCCUGCGUGUCUAUUUUGUCAUAUUUACUCGAAAACGACGCUUAUGAUUAGUUUGUUGCCAUUGUUUUCUAUGUACCUGUUCAAGUACACAUUGUAGAUUCAGUUUUAAGUGAUAAGAGGACACAAUAGGCAAAUGUCACAUGCUUUCUCUGUUGCAUGUUCUUGUCACCUUGUGCCACUAGUGUACUUGUUUCCGGUAUGUGUAGGUGCAGAUAAACACGCGGGUUGACGUUCAUAUUUCAAAAUAGCCAAAAUUUCCAGUCAUCAUCCGUGUUACUUUCCUUCUCGAUGAAGGCCUCCCCAAUCUGCCACCACGUCUCACGAUCCUGAGUUGUAAUAAUCCGCCCAGUGCUUGCACGCAAAUUAACAGUUAUUUAGCUCGUAAAACUGGUCAAGGGUUAGCUUCCAAAAUGAGCCUUUUAUACAUAUAUUUUUUAUUUAGUUACACUUCGAGUACAUUUCGUUGGACACGUUGUUGGGAUUUGUUUUUGUUUUGAUGGUGAGAGUAAGUGAUGUCUGCAUGGGACAUGAGAAGGGGUAUGUGGACGGAAAGGAGGUUUGUGCUUGAGAGUUGUGAAACUCGAGCUGAAGGUACCGGAGGAUUUUUACCGUAGGUCACCGAGAGGUGGAUAGGUUCUCUGCCAUAUUGUGAAGUUCCGUUCGAUCUGUCACUCUGCGUUUGGCCCAACAUGAGAAUUUAUCUUUGCAAGCUACACAGCCAGCCUUAGCGGUAUACCUUGAACGGCCUUUGUCAUAUAUUAAAUUAUUGCACGGUAUAGUGAACGGUAAAUAAGGGUUCAGAUGUCCUGGAGUUGAGAUGUCAGGAUAUGUGCCAUGCUCCCGAUGGUGCAUUGGAUGCAUUUAAUAAUAUUUCUAGCACGCUAGGUAGACUCGACACGAACCCAUUAUGGGUACUCAAUGAACUUCUCGCUCUCUGGACAUUCAGUGAAGUUCAUGACAUAAUUGUGAACGAUAUCAUAAUUUUCUAAGGUGUAUUUCAAAAAACCAUGUGGUUACGUGUGCAUUAAUUAACAGGCUCGCGGUAAAUGUGUCUGGUCGAGAAACUAAAUGUGUGCUGGACUAGACACUUUAUUCAGGUGUUGGUCCUGUAAGCAUAAGCAACAAAAUUACGGAAUGGUAAAUUCAUGAAUACAAAUGUACUGUCGAUUUGUAAAAAGCACAAACGCAAGUGUUCCCACAUGAAACGUAGCACUUUUGUUCUCGUGCUCCGCUAUGGUGUCUUGUUUCUUGCUACUGAGCGCGAGUUUGACUCCUCAAAACUGUGCCCACCGGGGGACCCUGUUGGGAGCAACAGAUGUGGACUUUUAACCCAAAAUAAAGACGACUUAUAGCGUCCCCUGA